AUGUACGAAGAAACCAAGCAUCAGACCUACACGUCCUACACUGGUGCUGAGCGGGAAGAGAAAGUUAAGCAGAUGGCAGCUAGCCUGCUGGCUCAACAGCAGUGCUUUCUCCGUGCUAACAAAAUACAAGAAAGUGCGACAUUAGCAAGCUACAGGGUAGCUGAACUCAUAGCGCGGCACGGGAAACCUUUCUCAGAUGGCGACUUUAUAAAACAGUGCCUCGUCACAGUCGCAGAAACGAUGUGCCCAGAAAAGAUGCAGGAAUUUAAUAACGUGAGCAUGUCCAGAAACACAGUUGUGCGGCGAAUCGAAGAUUUGUCAGCUAACAUAGAACACCAAGUGUCACAUAAAGCUUGUGCUUUUGACUUUUACUCCAUUGCAUGUGAUGAGAGCACCGAUGCUACAGACACCGCGCAGCUGCUGAUUUUUCUGCGAAGAGUGGAUGAUAACUUUCGCGUUACGGAGGAGCUGCUUGAUCUGAGGAGUCUAAAGGGCACAACAACGGGAAAGGACAUGUUUGAAGCUGUGUCAGAUGCAAUUGACAAAAUGGAUCUUAAAUGGGACAAACUGUGUGGAGUUACAACGGACGGGGCUCCGGCAAUGACAGGCGAGCACAAAGGAGUGGCCUCAAUGGUGAGCGCCAAGGUACGGGACAGCGGAGGUGAGGCCGUUAAAAUGCACUGCAUCAUCCACCAAGAAGCCCUCUGUGCCAAGACAGUCCAGCUUGAUGAUGUGAUGAAUACAGUUGUGAAAACUGUGAACAUAAUUCGGGCACGGGGGCUCUAUCACAGAGAAUUUCAAGCUUUCCUAUCUGAUGUUGAUGCUGAAUACGGGGACGUUAUUUACCAUUGUGAUGUGCGCUGGCUCAGCCGCGGCUCCGUGCUGCAGCGGUUUUAUUCCAUGAGAUCGGAAAUUGAUCAGUUUUUGAAAGAGAAGGACAAGCCUCUCCGUGAACUAAGUGACCCUCUGUGGUUGGCAGACCUGGCAUUUCUAGUUGAUCUCACUGGUCAUCUUAACACACUGAACAAGAGCCUGCAAGGCAAAGACCAGCUUGUGCCGCAGCUUUACGCGCACAUGAAAGCAUUCGGCGCAAAGCUCCGUCUCUUUGAGACACAACUGCGUAACUUCAAUGUUGCGCACUUCCCCACGCUGUCUGAAAUUAAGUGUGGUUUUCCAAACGCCAACCUUUCUGCAAAAAAAGAAAAAUGUGUGUCUGUGGUCACAUCUCUUAAGACAGAAUUCAGUCAGCGUUUCCAAGAUUUCUCUGCCAUUGAGAAAGAAAUCAAGCUGUUCUCAACUCCCUUCCUGAUGGAUGCAGAAGAAGUGGAAGAGAGUCUGCAAUUGGAGCUUAUUGAAAUGCAGUGUGAUGACUCUCUGAAGAAUCAGCAUCUGCUGCUCUCCCUCCCCGACUUCUACCAGCGCUUGGAAACGAUCGAGUUUCCUCUGAUGCGCCACUGA